CUCCUUGCAGCUAUUAAAUCAACACCACCACCUCAUCGAAUUAUCUAUCAUACAUCCAACACCAUUUCCCGAUUGCCUAUUUACAUGCGACUGCCAUUUAAGAUUUUUUCUAUGGUCAGAGUGCUAGCUCUGUGAUAUACGCUUUGCGUAUUUCAGGUUCUUGAAGAUUUCAACCUCACCAAUAUUCACAACACAGUACGCGAGGGAUAGAGAUGAGCUCUCUAGUACCUCCAGCAACCGCUGAAUACGGCGGCGACGAGGUGUCCGCAAUUAUCCUCGACCCAGGCUAUUCAACUGUACGCGCCGGCUUCGCGGGCGAAGACACACCGAAAUCUGUCAUUCCAACCUGCUACGGGAAGUACACUACAGAUGCCCAGGACAAAUACAUUUAUGGAGACAGCAUCUACGUCACGCCACGGCCGGGGCUCUCCAUUCACAAUCCAAUGGGGAGAGAGGGGAUAGUAGAGGAUUGGGACGCAGCAGAGAAAGUAUGGGAAUACUCAUUCACAUCCCGGUUAACGGGGGCCAAGUCCGGGAACCCUCUGUUUAAUGGAUUAAAUGACACUGCCAACGGCGACCUACCGGCGGAGAUGGAUGUCGUGGAAGCGGAAGAGAAGCCGUUGGCUGAUAGCCCGCUACUUAUGACAGAGUGCGGUUGGAAUCCUGUCAAGGCACGGGAAAAGACUAUUGAAAUAGCAAUGGAGAAAUGGGGGACCCCUGCCUUCUAUCUGGCUCGGAAUGGACCAUUAGCUGCCUUCGCUUCAGGCAAAGCAUCAGCCUUAGUUGUUGAUGUUGGCGCAUCAGGCGUUUCCAUAACCCCCGUCCACGACGGCCUAGUUCUUAAAAGGGGCGUUCAACACUCCCCUCUUGGUGGAGAGUUUAUCUCCUCACAGAUCCGCGCCCUUUUCAGGACGAACUCGCCACAACCCAUAACAAUCACUCCACACUACCUCGUGUCUUCUAAGACAGCAGUGGAUGCUGGUCAACAGGCCCAAGCAACCUACAAAACUAUUCCCGCUGACCGGGCCCCAGACCCAUCCUUCCGUCGACUCCUGGAAGACCGGACAAUAUCUGAAUUCAAAGAGUGUGUGGUACAAGUUUGGCCCGGUCCGCAUUCCCUAUCCAGCACCGGCCCCAAUGGCAUCCCCAAUGAGGAGAUCGCUAGGGGGAGUCCAGGCCGCCCUUUCGAGUUCCCGGACGGCUACAACCAGGUAUUUGGGGCCGAGCGAUACCGCGUAGUUGAAUCGCUAUUCGACGCUCAAGCGGCGAUUCCCGAUACAGAACCAGAGUUCCCAGCGCCCACUGCUGCCCAAACAAUACCAGAGCUAAUCCGAAACUCUCUAAAUCAAGUCGACGUAGAUAUCCGACCGCACUUGCUCGCCAAUGUAGUCGUGACGGGUGCGACUAGUCUGCUGUACGGCUUCAAUGAUCGACUGAACUUUGAGCUUAUGAACAUGUUCCCGAGUCCCCGGUUUCAUAUCGGUCGUUCGGUGUCAUAUCUCGGUGGUCUUGCUCUCUUCGGUUUCUCCGUGGUGGGGUCUCCAAAAACGAUACGAGUGUUAUGGACGACCAUAUUUGUGGAGAAACAAAUCAAUAGUCAUUCCGUUCUUCAUACUUACACAGUCUGCCAUUCUCACCCGUCAAAUACCCUACCCGUUGGUUUAGCAGCCAUGUCUACUGUCUCCCGUAAACGGGAUGCCAACCACCUAGGGGACAACGGUGGAACCGCUGCUGAAGCAGAGACAAAGAAACCCAAGCCAAAUGGAAGUAUUACGUCGUUUUUUGGCGCCCCCAAGGCUAGGGAUUCCGCAGCGCAGAACACAACAAAGCUGUCCUUCGCUCCCAGCCCCAAAGUAAGUUUUAACAAGGAGAAAUGGGUUGCUGGCCUAACAGCAGAGCAGAAGGAACUGCUCAAACUGGAAAUAGACACAUUGGACGAGAGCUGGCUGGCUCAUUUGAAGGAUGAGGUGAUCACUACAGAAUUUUUGAAUCUGAAAAGGUUUUUGAAACGGGAAAUUGCAGGAGGUGCGAAGAUAUUCCCACCGCUGGAGGAGGUGUAUUCAUGGUCCCGACACACUCCCCUCCACACAGUCCGCGCCGUAAUCAUCGGCCAAGAUCCAUAUCACAACCACAACCAAGCCCAUGGCCUCUGCUUCUCCGUCCGGCCUCCCAUGCCUGCCCCUCCCUCACUAAAAAACAUAUACAUAGCCCUUCAAAACGACUAUCCCUCCUUCACCAAACCACCCAACAACGGAGGCUACCUUGCACCCUGGGCGAACCGUGGUGUCCUCAUGUUAAAUACAUGUCUUACAGUCCGCGCGCAUAAUGCCAACAGCCACGCAAACCAGGGCUGGGAGAAGUUUACUCAGAAGGUCAUUGAUGUGGUGGCGAAGACGAGGACGCGUGGGGUUGUGUUUUUAGCUUGGGGUAAGCCGGCAGGAAAGCGUGUGGCCCAUAUUCUUCGGGACAAGGAGAAGAGGCAUUGCGUAUUGCAGUCUGUGCAUCCCAGUCCGUUGAGUGCGCAUGGUGGAUUUUUUAAAUGCGGCCACUUUAAGAAGACCAAUGAAUGGCUUCUGGAACGUUAUGGCAAAGAUGGGAUUAUUGACUGGUCUCUCAUCGAGGAGAAAACAUCAUCAUCACCACCACCAACAGCACCAAAAACGAAGAUAGCUGUAGCUACAGCGACUGAAACUAACGUUCAAAACAACUCCACCACAGUAUCCACUACGGCCAAAGCGCAAGCUAUCGUACCGAAAGGGGACGAUGGGAAGAAAGCCACAGAGGCGAAUGGGGGCGGGAUCCCCAGUUCGUCUCUGUUAUCGGAAGACGAGGAUGAUGAUGCUGAUGCAUUGGCUGCUCUAGCGGAGGCGGAGUAUGAACUUCCUAAUUGAUUCAGGAAACUGUAUAUGAGCGCAACACAGGAGUUUUGUGUGUCUUGAGUACGGGCGUGUUUGUGUGCAUUCUUCUCAUAUUGCUGGCCAGAAAUCAUCAACUCUUGGGACCUUAGCCCGUCGAUUGUUUUCCUUUUUUUUUCUUUUCGUUUUCCCCCCGAUGGCUGCAAAUGGCCUUUCGACAUGGUGUGUAGAAUUUUUUUUUUUUUCAAUUCUCUCCUUUUCCCCUCGUGGAUUUUGUUAUUUAUCUAUUUAUUUUUUGAUUAAUUUCAUUCGAUUCCAUUCAGUUCAAUUGGGUUUUCCCCCGAUCUCUUUUAUUUAUUUCAAGGUUUUCCUGAUUUCAGGUGAAAAGCUUCGAAGCGUUCGGCUGAGUCUUGGAAAAUUUUUUAAAGUUCGAGACAUGUUGCGAUCCAUCCAUAGCUAGCCCAACGCAAUUGAAUGUUAAUAGCAGGAUCCACUAAUUAUGUGAUCUGUCACAAUCGGAAACUUUGCACAAGAGAUAGUUACAGGGAGCGAAACGAGGUUGACAGCCUGCUUGAUACAAGCCCUUGCAAAUCGGAAAAACGCUAAGCUCGUACAGGUAUCUAGGUCUCAACGAGAUGUAAAACGUAGAGAGUUAUUUCUUUCUUAGCUUGGUUAAUAGCAUGACCCCAAGCACAAAAUGCAAACCCUCGCACGCUUCGCGCAGGGGAUUAUAUAAAAAAAACAAAAUACAUUUAAAAUAGCAAUGCAGAGGCAAAACACAUCAAAUAAACGCAGAUUAUUUCAAACAGAAAACUAAACAAGAAAAAAAAAAAGGACAACCAUUCAAUUCAAUUAACUAAUAGUACGAAACAAGACAAACAACCAAAGAAUCCCAGUUUUUCAAUACAUGGCAUAAUCGAUAUUGCACCAAAAAAAAAUGGCGGCAGAGCUUACAGCUCCUCAUGUCGGGUGGCUUCACCGGCAGUCUCCUCCGGUUUACCAGUUGAUUCAGCCUUGGUUUCCUUGGCAGCGGCCUCUGUCGACGAAGGACUCUCCUCCUCGGGUUUCUUGGUGACAUCACCGCUAUCCUCGUCUACUUUCUCCGGAUCAUAUGCGUCAACACUAUAUUUGCCAUUAUCCCGCACGAACUGGGCCAGCUCCUUGAUGGUGCGCAAGCCUUGAUACUCAAUUGGAGAAUCUUUGGCGCCCGCAGGGAAAAGCUUGAUGGUUGGGAAUCCCUGGAUUUCGUCUGGCACAUCGUUUGCGGUGGCAUCAAUCUUGGCGAUUAUGACCUUCGAGGCAAACUCUGGGUCAUCGGCGUAGAGUUUGGCGAGUUGUUCGUAUUUGGGCGCGAGGCUACAAGAUGACGUCUCAGUAUAAUACAAGCAAAUAUGAUCAGUGGCUAGUAGGGCUCGAGAGAAAACUCACGCUUUGCAGUGUCCACACCAUGGGGCAUAGAACUCGAGAAGAACAUCCUUGUCGCUGUCUAUGACAAUCUCUUGGUAGGUGUGGGCAACGACAACGGUUACAGG